AUGCCAUUCGAACAAGUAUACUCUCCGAUCGAUGGAAGCAUCUUUGGACUUCGGUUCCUACUCUCAUUUUUUACAUAUAUAGAUUUCAAUCACCCCUUAAUUGAUUUCGUGUCAUUUGUGGACAAAACCCUAAUUCAAUGCCAUAGAUUGAAGCUCAAGAAAUUUGGAGUGUAUACAUGUUAUGACAUUGAAUUUGAAUCUCAAUUCAACCGUUGGAUUCGUUAUGCCAUAAGUUGUAACGUUGAAGAACUUAUUUUGAAGUUAUGGUAUCCAGGAUCGAAAGCCGAGUUUCAAUUGGAUCAAUCUUUAUACAUCAGUUCAUGUUUUACAGAUCUGACAUUAGCAGGCUGCGUGUUUAAUCCAAUGGGGAUGAUUAGUUGGAAAAAUCUUAGGAGUUUGUUUAUUUCCGAUGUGAUUUUAAAUGAAGUUUUGAUCGAAAACAUAUUAUCCAGGAGUCCUCUAUUAGAAAAUUUGGUAUUAGAUGAUUAUUAUGGUUUUAGUCGGCUUGAUAUUACUUCAAAAAGUGUUAAGAACUUGAUGUUGGUAGGAUACAUGGAUCCCGAUGAUGAUUCUGCUAAUAAUAUUAUGCGAAUCAAUGCUCCUAAUAUUCUAUCACUAACAAUCAAAGGUUGUUUGUUGAUGUGGAAGAUUUUGUUGUUAAACGUGUCUUCUUUAGUUGAAGCUAACUUUGAUUAUGAAAAGUUCGGGUAUUAUGAGACAACAUCUGAAGAAGCGGAAGAUGACAUGCUUAAAGGAUUUAUAGUAAAUUGUCACAAUGUCAAGGAGCUUAAAAUUGGGUUUUUAUGUUCUAAGGUUCUGGCUCGUUUGGAAGCUAAAGGUUUUGUUUUUCCAUCGAAUAUGAACUUUCAAUCGUAUUGUAGUGUUUCAUCACCUUCUUUAUACUCUGAUAGUGAUUCAUUAUUAGAUAGUGAUUAA